AUGGCCGAGCACCUUAGCUACGUCGGCUCCGUCCCCUACUGCUACGCCAACUCCCUGGUUAUGAUGUUGGGUAAGGACAGCCCAUCGCCUGCUGUCAUCGAGUUCGCCACCUCGAGCCCCUUUGGCAUGCAGAUCAUAGGUGGUGACCUCGUAUUCUUUGACCCCUACGGCUGGGACCCAGCCUCGAGCUUCGACGCGGCACUCAAGGCCGCCGGCUGGGAGUCGACUCUCGAAAUCAGCGCCGACGCCGACGCCGCCCUCGCCCGUCUUAAGGCUGAGCUGGCCGAGGGCCGGCCGGUGUUCGUUGGCCCCGUCGAGAUGGGCCUCUUGCGAUUUCAGCCAGAGAUGAAGGGUGCCAUCGGGGCUGAUCACUACGUCGUGGUGCUACGCAUCACCGACGACGGCGAGGUUGAGAUGCACGACCCCCAAGGGCACCCGUACGCCACGCUUCCCGUCACUGACUUCAUGGCUGCGUGGCGGGCCGACAAGAUCGGCUACGGCAAGCCAUAUAUGAUGCGCACCGGCUUCCGGCAGGUCGAGCGUGGCCUCUCGGAGGAGGACGUGAUACGCAGGUCGCUCGACAACGCGCGCCGCUGGUUGUCUAUGGAGGGCGAGCACAACAUGCCGCCGGGGUCGUACGGCAACGGCGAGGCAGCCGAGAGGCUAGCGCAGAUGGUCGAGUCCCCCGACACGCUGGCGCAGGGCAUCCGCUUGUUGCUCGUUGACUUCGCUGUGAGGGUCGGGGCGCGCAGGCUGGCCGACGCGGCGACCUGUCUGGCGCGCAUCGGCAAAGGCAGGGCGGGCAGCAUCAUGGCCAGGCAGGCCCGGCUGGUUGGAGCCCUACAACUUCCGCUUGUGUCUGGCGAGGAUGCACGGGCGGUGUCGCUGCUGCGGGAGUUGGUGCCGACGUACGAAGAGUUGAGACAGGCGCUGGCAGAGGACUGA